GAGCGAAGAUGGCCAUCGAUGCGGGCACCACCGCGUUCAUGAUCGUCUCCAUGGCGCUCGUGAACCUCAUGACGCCGGGACUGGCGUUCUUCUACGGCGGUCUCGUGCGAUCGUCCAACGUGCUGACGAUCAUGAUGCAAAAUUACGUGUCGAUGGGAUUGAUCACGCUGGUUUGGGCCGUCUGGGGGUACUCGCUGUGCUUCGGGACGUCGAAGAACGGCGUGAUCGGCAGCGCGCGCACGCACUACUUCCUGGAAAACUUGGCGACGCAAGAAUUGCCGUACGCCGAGGGGAUGCCGGGGCUCGUGUUCGCGGGAUUCCAAGGCAUGUUCGCCGUCAUCGCGCCGAGCCUGAUGACGGGCGCGUUCGCGGAUCGCGUGCGAUUCGUGCCGUACGUCCUGUUCAUCUUCUUCUGGGUGCACUUGGUGUACUUCCCGUUCGCCCACUGGGUGUGGGGCGGGGGCUGGAUGGCUCGCAACGGCGUCAAGGAUUUCGCCGGCGGCAUCGUCGUGCACAUCACCGCGGGCUUCUCCGCCUUGGCCACCGUCGUGGCGCUGCCCAACCGCCGAAAGCUCGAGGGUGACGACGUCGACACCAACCCGCACAACAUCCCUUUCGUUGCCCUCGGCACCGGUCUUCUCUGGUUCGGCUGGUUCGGUUUCAACGGCGGCUCCGCCCUUGCGGCGAACGAGUCGGCCGCGCUCGCCGCGAUGAACUCUGAAAUCUCCGCCUCCGCCGCUCUCUUCUUCUGGCUCAUGCUCGAGUGGAAGAUGGAAGGCAAGCCCACCCUUGUUGGCGCCUGCGUCGGCGCUAUCGCUGGUUUGGCCACCAUCACGCCGUGCGCCGCGUACGUCAAGCCGUGGGCCGCGCUCACCAUCGGUACGCUCUGCGUGCCGUGGUGCUACGCGUGCAUCGAACUCACGAAGAAGUACAACCUCGACGACGCGCUCGAUGUGUGGGCCGUGCACGGUAUGGGUGGUUUCUUCGGUACCCUCUGCGUCGGCAUCUUCUCCAGCGCCGCCAUGACUGGGAAUGCCUUCGAAGCUGGCGGUAAGCUCUUCGGCAAGCAGCUGCUCGCCGCCGUCGGCUGCGCCGCGUACUCCUUCGUCAUGGGCUACGCCAUCAUCAAGGUUCUCGAAAAGUUCAUGGAUGUCGUCCCCCGCGAAGGCGACCGCAGGAUGGGCUUGGACGUCUCCAUGCACGGCGCGAAGGCGUACAGUGAAGACCCGAGCGGCUCCAAGAAGGGCGGCGCCGUCAACGUCUAACGAUAUUACUCCCCUCAAUAACCGGCGUCGAACAGUCGUCGUCGUUAACAGUCAAUAACCGGCGUCGAACAGUCGUCGUCGUUAACAGUCAUUAACGUAAACGUCAAUAACGCACUCCUUCGGUCGUCCGAAGCGAUGUUGCGACUUAAUAUGCGCUUUCGUAUACUUUACUACUUAUCACGGCGCACGACGCGUCGCGUAGGGGCCUCGGCGCCGCCGCGUUGAAAUAAUAACAAGCAACCUUGCGU